GCAGCACCCCGCUUCCCCCUUUCUCUCUCUCACACACAGACGCACAUACACAGAGCAUAGGCACAAAAAUGGCGUCGUUGGCAUCGAGUCUCUCGUGUACAGUUUCCCGCCUAAAUCUUUUUGCAGAACUGUCACUUAAUUACCAUUCAAUCACAAUAUACAGAACAUUAUCAUCAAAAUUAAGACCAAUGAAAUCGUUGUAUCAUCAUAGAUCAUUCAAUUCGCCAUUUUCAUCCUAUACCUGUAAGUCCACAAUUUCGAAUUGCUCGAAGACCCUGGGUUCGAACACAGUUUUUUAUGACAAUUUGGUUGUUCUGGGAAUCGAGACAAGUUGCGACGACACUGCGGCAGCUGUUGUUAGAAGUAAUGGUGAAAUCCUAAGCCAAGUUGUAUCUUCUCAGGCAGAUCUGCUUGCAAAGUAUGGAGGAGUAGCUCCUAAAAUGGCAGAAGAAGCUCAUUCCCAAGUGAUUGAUCAGGUAGUACAAGAUGCACUUGAUAAGGCUAAUUUAACUGAAUCAGAUCUUUCUGCAGUUGCAGUUACCAUUGGUCCUGGGCUAAGCCUGUGUCUAAGAGUUGGCGUGCAAAAAGCUCGGAAAAUUGCUGCUAUUCAUCAGUUGCCUAUUGUUGGUGUGCAUCACAUGGAAGCUCAUGCUUUAGUAGCCAGAUUGUGCGAAAGGGGCUUGCAGUUCCCUUUUAUGGCUCUUCUUAUCUCAGGGGGACAUAACCUUAUAGUUCUUGCACGCGAUCUUGGUGAUUAUUUACAACUGGGGACCACUAUUGAUGAUGCGAUUGGUGAGGCAUAUGACAAGUCAGCAAAGUGGCUUGGCCUUGAUUUGAGGAGGAGUGGUGGGGCAGCCAUUGAGGAGCUUGCUCUAAGGGGUGAUGCUCAAUCUGUGAAAUUCUCUGUUCCAAUGAAACAACAUAAAGAUUGUAACUUUUCUUAUGCUGGUCUCAAGACUCAACUCAGGCUUGCAAUUGAAUCAAAAAAUAUUGAUGGUGGGAUCCCUUUGUCUUCUGCAAGUGUUGAAGAGCAAGGCAUACGAGCUGAUAUUGCUGCCUCUUUCCAGAGGGUUGCUGUAUUGCAUUUAGAAGAAAAGUGUGAACGUGCAAUUCAAUGGGCUUUAGAGAUUGAGCCUUCAAUCAAACAUUUGGUUGUUGCAGGAGGUGUUGCCUCCAACCAAUAUGUGAGAAGUCGGCUCCAAGAGGUUGUUGGAAGGAACUCACUCCAACUUGUCUGCCCUCCUCCAAGUCUCUGCACUGACAAUGGUGUAAUGAUUGCUUGGACCGGCAUUGAGAACUUUCGUAUGGGAAGAUUCGAUCCUCCACCGCCUGCCAUUGAACCCGAGGACAGUCAGCUUGAUUUGAGGCCAAGGUGGCCACUGGGGGAGGAAUAUGGUAGAGGAAGAAGUGUAGCUCGCUCAAUGAGAACAGCUCGGAUUCAUCCAUCUCUCACUUCACUCACACAACACCAACGUCAAUAAACUACUCAUUCAUUUUUAAAUGCAUGUAUCAAGUUUGUUUUAUAUCGUUUUUAAGCUAAUUGCUUACAAACUCACUAAUACUUACUUCUAUUAUAUACUUCUUAAAUCACGAUAUCAUA